CUUCAUGUACCGUUCUCGCUCAAUUGCAGCUCCAUUGGAAAGAAACAACAGCGUUUCGCCAGAAAAUCUCGAAACGAUCGUCGCUCACAACUUCGCGUCAGAAUGCGCAGACGCACCGUGGAAACUCGAUGAAUUCAAGCAAUUGGCUCGUCAAUUGGCAAACGAAACUGAGAAUCGAAAACUGAGACGAAAAGACGCGCUCUCGUUGCUCCAUGCGUUUGCUGACGAAAUGCGUGAUUCGUCGUUGAGAACGAACAGAAGAAGCAGCAGCAGCAAUCUGCACCGACGGUCACGGUCGUGUCCUAGCGGAUCGGCGUUUGCUCCACCAGAAACGGUCUCGUUGCGUCGUCGUCUACCGGCUGUGAUCAAGUCGUACGAAACAAAAGUUCACUCCACCACAUCGGACACCCGUUGUUCCUUUCCUGCCGCUGCCACCGAAGAAGACUUUUCCUCCAGCAGUGCUCCUCCUGUUCCCCGUGGCACCAAGUCCUCAACUAGCAAAAUCCACCACCACGCCGAAGGCUCUGUCAAGACAAAAGCAUUAGGUUCUCUCUCUCGUUCGUUCCUACAUCCAUCUAUGCCUCUUUCUUCCGCUUCAUCCACCUCCUUGGGUCCUUCUCUAGCCUGUGUCUUUGGUGACCAGUUUCGGGAAAUUCAUGGUCGGUUUCAGAAGCAUGAGCUUCGUGCUUCUCGCUCCUUUGAAAAGGUUGUCCAAGAUAUAGAUCAGUUGAAAGUGAAGUCUUCUUCGAAACCCUUUCUAAAACGACAAAAGGAAAAGUUUGAGUCGCUUCACAAACAGCCUCAGUCGACUGAACCUGCCUGUGUCGAAGAACAACAACAACAACAAGAACAGCAACAACAGUCGAAAAGCGCUACUACUCAAACUGCUGCAAUAAACCAUUUAAUGCCAGCAACAACGUCUGCCUCUGCCUCCCUCACUCGUGUCAGUGCUGUCGGUGCUUUUUUACGCACAACGAUUGCCGAUCAAAUCCCCGCAGCUUGGAGACAAACCAUCCGUCGACAUGCAUACUCUCUGACCGCCAUCCUUCUCGUUCCCGUAGCAGUAAUCGCCUCCGUCAUAAAGUUCUGCUUUAGUUCUUCCGGCGAGACUCGCUAGAAUGGGAGGACGAGCAACCCACAACCCGUCUAUACACAGUUCGACUUUCCUUAAAGACUUUGGAUAGACACACCUUUCUUUAUUCUUUUAUAGAACAAAAAUUAAUUAUUUUUUUAGCAUUGGUAAAAUGCACUGAAUGGUAUAUAGUUCAUGAAUGAGAGAUAAACAUAAAGAAUGGGUGUGGAACGAC